AAGGCGGGGUCUGCGUGACCGUUUCGCGUCGAAGUUCCUUAGAGAAGCGUCCCGCGGCGAGCGUCCCUGAGAGAAAUUAGUAAGCCUCCUUAAGUGGCAGUGUUGUCGUUCUUUAUUCCUGCGCCUUGCCGGAAAGGGGCUGAGAGUUUCGACUGUCAGAGGGAGGAUGAAGCGUCGGGUCGGGCCGGCGUCCUAAAGAUGGUUCCCUGCGUGCGGCUUCCGCCAUGUGAGAGUCGGGAACUCGGGAACCUGGAUACUAUUCCCAAAGAAGAAAAUCUUUAGUUUGGAACUGGUGGAUUCCUUUGCAUCAGAUACUAAGAUGAAAGAGUCACCGAUAGAUGGUGAAUGUGCCAAAGCAGUGGCACCACAACUGGAGCAGCUAGAUGAAAUUAAGACGGAACCUGACAAUGCUCAGGAGUAUUGUCAAGCCCAGCAGCCCAAAACUCAAGAGAAUGAACUGAAAACAAACACUACAUUUUCAGACAGUGCUCCACAGUUGACUACAGGCAUUCAGCUUUCUCUGACAUCAUCUGGCAUGAAUAAAAUGCUUCCUUCAGUUUCAACCACAGCUAUUCAGGUUUCCUGUUCUGGUUGUAAAAAAAUUCUUCAGAAGGGGCAAACUGCUUAUCAGAGGAAGGGAUCGACUCAGCUCUUCUGUUCCACGUUGUGCAUCACUGAAUACAUUUCAUCUGCCAAUUCACCAGCUCUUCCCAAGAGAACUUGUUCUAACUGCUCAAAAGACAUUUUAAAUCUAAAGGAUGUGAUAAGUGUCCAGCUGGAAGAUAAUACCUCUAGCAAAAAUUUUUGCAGCCAGUCUUGUCUUUCAUCAUAUGAAGAAAAGAGAAAAGCAUUUGUUACCAUAUGUACUAAUAACAGUUUAACCAAGUGCAGCAUGUGUCAGAAGACUACUGUUAAACCAACCAAAACACUUACAUCUGUUCUUUGCAAAUCAUUGAAGCCCUCAGAUGAAAUGAUUGAGACCACCAAUGACUUGGGGAAGACAGACUUUUUCUGUUCAAUUAACUGUUUCUCUGCUUACAAUAAAGCUAAGAUGGAAUCUUCCACAGUAAAUGUUUCCACAGUACAUGAUGCUUCAACUGGGCUCUUUUCUCCAAAGAAAGAUACAACUCCAAUUAUAAGCAAUAUAGUGUCACUGGCAGAUACUCAUGUUUCCCUACCCAUCAUGAACUCUGAUAUCAUACAAGCAGAUACAGUUUCUUCAGUAACAGCAAAUGUCAUUAUAGAUAGUUUACCCAGUGAAUCAAGUACUAGUGUUGCUAAUAGUGAACAGCCAAGCCUUUCACCGUCUUCAUCAAUAUCCCAUCAGAAUACGGUUGGCCCCAGUGUAGAAGUACAAAAAGAUCAAGUGUCAAACCAAGAUGCUACAUACAACAUGAAAUCUGUGAAAAUAAGUGAUGGACUACGUCAUCCAAAAUUUACAUCCAAAGUACUAAAAGUUAAAGAUAAAUCACGAAAUAUUAAAAAAUCCUGGUGUUCAAAUUUCCAGCAUUUGAAAAACAGUAUUAAAAAAGAUGUGAUAUUCUGUUAUUCAUGCCAGUUGUUCUGCCAAAAAUAUUUUAGUUGUGGAGAAGAAUCAUUAGCAGCCCAAGGAAUUUCUAAUUGGAAAAAGACUCUGGAAAAAUUCAGAAAGCAUGAAAAAAGUGAAAUGCAUUUGAAGUCAUUGCAGUUUUGGAGGGAAUACCAGUUUUGUGAUGAAGCUGUCAAUGAAAAUGUAUCUAUUCAUUCAAAACAGAUUGAAGGAAAUAAAAAGUACCUACAGCUUAUAAUUGAAAAUAUUUUAUUUCUUGGAAAGCAGAGUUUAUCAUUAGGGGAAAAUGACCAGUCAGUUUCAACUGUGAAUAAAGGCAAUUUUUUAGAAUUGUUAGAAAUCAGAGCAAAAGAUAAAGGAGAGGAAAUAUUCCGACUUCUGAAUUCACAAAUUGACUUCUAUAAUAGUACACAGAUUCAAAAUGAUAUUAUUGAAAUAAUAAAGACCGAAAUGCUGCAAGAUAUUGUGAAUGAAAUCAAUGUCUCGCCAGCUUUUUCGAUAAUAUGUGAUGAGACAACUGGUAGUGCCACUGCAGAACAGCUUUCGAUUUGUGUAAGAUACCCACAAAAAAUGUCAAAGGCUAUCUUAAUAAAAGAAAGAUUCUUGGGUUUCAUAGAUGUUGAAGAGAUGACUGGGACUAACUUACAUAGAACCAUCAUAACUUACCUUCAGCAAAUUGGAGUUGAUUUGAGUAAAAUAUGUGGCCAGGCCUAUGAUAGUACCAUAAAUUUGAGGGGGAAAUUUAAUAAAAUUGCAGCAGAAUUCAAAAAAGAAGAGCCAAGAGCUUUGUAUGUACAUUGUUAUGCACAUUUUUUGGAUUUAGCAGUAAUUAGGUUUUGUAAAGAAGUGAAAGAACUCCGAAUUACUCUAAAUACUCUCAGCUCUUUAUUCAACGCUAUUCAUAUGUCUGGGGAAAUGUCUGCAAAUUUUGAAAACAUUUGUAAGCUAAGUCAAAACAAAACAUGCAAGAAACAUACAUCACAAUCGUGUUGGACAGUCCAUGAUCAGAUGUUACUAUCAGUGAUAGAGGGUCUUCCAGAGAUUAUUGAAACACUGGAAUUUGUAUCAAGACAUUCUUCAAACACAAGUUUGGCUGAUGAAUUGAGUGAUUUGUUAACAUUGAUUUCCAAAUUUGAAUUUAUCUUUUGUUUGAAAUUUCUUUAUCGAGUGUUAAGUGUUACAGGAAUUCUUUCCAAAGAGCUUCAGAGUGAAACUAUAGAUAUUUUUUCAUUGUCUUCAAAAAUAGAAGCAAUUUUGGAAUGUUUAUCAUCUGAAAGAAAUGAUGUCUAUUUCAAAACUAUCUGGGAUGGAGCAGAGGAAAUAUGUCAAAAAAUAACCAGUAAAAGUUUUGAAGUAGAAAGACCUUCUUUUCAGAAAAGAAGAAAAAUUCAGAAAACAAUAGAUCUUGUCAAUUCAGAUAGUAUGUUUUUUCCUACCUCAACAGAAGAACAAUAUAAAAUUAAUAUUUAUUACCAAGGAUUGGACACUAUAUUAAAUAAUUUAAAAUUAUGUUUUUCAGAGUUUGAUUAUUGCAAAAUGAAGCAAAUUUCAGAACUAUUAUUUAAAUGGAGUGAACCAUUAAAUGAAGCAACAGCCAAACAUGUCCAAGAAUUUUAUAAACUUGAUGCAGACAUCAUCCCAGAACUUAGAUUUUAUCGGCAAUAUGCAAAGCUUAACUUUGUCAUAGAUUAUGAUUGUAUCAACUUCAUUAAUCUUGGCUAUUUGUUUAUCCAGCAUGGUCUUCACAAUAAUAUUCCUUGCAUAUCAAAGUUAUUAUAUAUUGCUUUGUCUUGGCCAGUAACUUCAAGUGCUGAAAACUCAUUUUCCACACUGCCUCGUCUUAAAACAUAUUUAUGUCAUACCAUGGGACAAGAGAAGCUUAGUGGCCUAGCCCUAAUGGCUGUUGAGCAAGAAUUGGUAAAUAAGCUGAUGGAACCUGAAAGACUCAAUGGACUCGUGGAAAAGUUUAUCCAUCAGAUGAAAGAAAUGUAACAGUUGCUAAUUUGAAUUUACCUAAAAGAAUUUUGUAUUUCUGCUGGAAUGUUUGCUUUUAUUUCAAAAUUUUAUCUCCUAAGAAAAAUUUUUUCAUCAGAACAUGUAACAGUCACUUGAUUCAAAGUUCAAAAAUCGGAAUGAUGUACAGUGAAAAGUCUCCUUCCUGUUUUUAGUACCCAGUUCUCCCUAUAGUGUCUGUCAGAUAAUCCUUCUGGAGAUCUUUUUCAUAGAUCGUACUCUGUAGUGCACACUGUUCUUCACCUUGUCUUUUCCACUUAACAUAUUUUUGAGAUUGUCCUAUAUCAAUACAUAAAGGUUUCUUGAUUUUUUUU